UAAUUUCCAUUUUCAGGAUGGCUGCGCCCGUGAAAUCGGACUGUACAUCCCGCAAAAACCAUCACAGAAGGAUUAUUUCAACAAAUUUUACGCCACUUGUGUGCAAUUUGGAGAAAGAUGCUGCGGGGCUGCUGAUACGGGCGGUAAGGGCCUGCAGGCAAGUUGUCGCCUUCGCGCCUCCAGUGGAGCUGAUUAACAAGGCAGAGACUUGGAUGGUGCUAAUAAGAUCAAGAGAACCGUGUCAAACCAUGUCUGAAAUGGAAUUCCGACUGGGCUUUAGGAUCACGCUGGUUUUGGUCAUCCUGGCUGUGACUCUUUCCGGGCAGAACGUGGAAGCGCAGCGGGCAGGGUGCAAAAAUGUCCACUAUGACCUGGCGUUCAUCCUGGAUACCUCGUCCAGUGUGGGCAAGGAGAAUUUUGAGAAGAUCAGGCAAUGGGUGGCCAACCUGGUGGAGUCUUUUGACGUAGCCCCAGACAAGACCCGAGUGGCCGUCGUUCGUUACAGUGACCGCCCCACCACCGAGUUCCACCUGGGGAGAUACAGGACCCUGGAGGAGGUGAAGCAAGCCGCCAGGAACAUACGCUACCUGGGGGGGAAUACAAUGACUGGGGAUGCUAUCAGCUACACCACCAACAAAAUUUUUUUGGAACAAAACGGAGCGAGACCCGCGGCCAGGGGAGUCCAGAAAGUGGCCAUCCUGCUCACAGACGGCCGAAGUCAGGAUUACGUCCUGGAGCCCUCCAGGGCGGCCGCCCAGGCUGGCAUCAGGUUGUUUGCGGUGGGCAUCGGUGAGGCCCUGAAAGUGGAGCUGGAGGAGAUUGCAGCAGAGCCAAAGAACGCUCACGUCUUCCACGUGACGGACUUCAACGCCAUCGAUAAGAUCAGGGGCCGACUCAGGAGGCGGCUGUGCGAAAAUGUAUUAUGCCCAAACAUGAAGGUACACCCUGAUCGCUUUAAACAAGAAAGCACUAGUUACGGCCUUCAGCAAGUUCCAGGCUUCGACCUGAUGGACUACUUCAGUGUUCGAGAUAUUCUGGGCACCAGACUUGAUGAGGGUCAGAGUGCGUACGUUCGACUUGGCACCAUGCCGAUUGUGCAGCAGACUGAAGACGUGUUCCCUCAGGGGCUGCCUGAUGAGUACGCCUUUGUAACGACGUUCAAAUUCCGGAAAACCUCAAGAAGAGAAGAUUGGUACCUCUGGCAAAUCUUUGACAAAUAUGGAAUCCCGCAGGUGUCUAUCAGGCUGGACGGUGAGAACAAGGCGGUGGAGUACAACGCCGUGGGGUUAACCAAAGACGCCGUCCGAGCUGUGUUCAGGAACUCCGAAGUGGACAACCUCUUUGACCGCAACUGGCACAAAAUAGCCCUGAGAGUGGAGGCCAAGACCGUGUCGCUCUACCUGGACUGUAAACACAUUCAAACACUGCCCAUUGGCGACAGGGAGGACAUCGAUAUCCAAGGAAAGACGGUCAUUGGGAAGAGGUUGUAUAACAGCGUGCCAAUUGAUUUUGACCUCCAGAGGAUGGUUAUUUACUGCGACUCCAAACAUGCCGAGCUGGAAACCUGCUGCGAUUUACCCAAUGGGCCUUGCCCGAAGAAGGUUGUGACUGAGGCUCCUCCUAUCGCGAUCCCCACGCCGACGCCCACUACAGCUGAGCAGCAGAGGGGCCCCCAAGCCAAUUGCUCAUGCCCUGCUGGUGACAAGGGAGAGGCUGGUGCACCUGGCCGUACAGGUCUCAAGGGUGAAAAGGGUGAAACCGGCCUUCGAGGUGCCACUGGUCUUUCCGGGCUCAAAGGAGAAAAGGGAGAAAGUGGCAACGUCAUCUCUGGUAGAGGUGAGAAGGGUGAUAGAGGCAACAUAGGGCUGACAGGUGCUCCCGGACAAAGAGGAGAGAAGGGAGCCAGCGGUUUUCCCGGUAUCGAUGGUCUAUCUGGAGAAAAAGGCGACAAAGGAGAGGCUGGGCGGACUGGCAAUCCAGGACUUCCUGGUCUGAUUGGAGAAAAGGGUGUUCAAGGUGAUGCAGGCUAUCCAGGAACACCGGGAAUAAAAGGUGUCACUGGUGACGAGGGGAAAAAAGGGGAAAAAGGAUCAACAGGAGCCAGCGGUGAGCGCGGUUUGGAUGGAUUACCUGGAAAACCUGGCAUUCGCGGCAAGGAUGGCUUGAGGGGAGAGGCUGGCUUGCCCGGAGUCAGUGGAGUAAAAGGUGAUAAGGGAGAGCGAGGAAUCCCCGGAUUACCUGGUCAUGGGUACCAAAAAGACGGUCUACAGGGAGUAAAGGGGGAACUUGGGCUCCCAGGGCUUCCGGGGGCUGACGGCCCACCCGGACCACCUGGUCCCCCAGGACCUCAGGGGAUACCAGGGGAACCUGGGGAGUUUGGACAAAGGGGAAAGAAAGGUGAAAGUGGAUUGCCUGGAGUGGAUGGACUCCCUGGACCAAUCGGUCCGCAGGGUCCACCGGGACCACGGGGGAACAAUGGCAAUACUGGACCUCCUGGUCUGCCAGGUGAAAUUGGAUUUUCCGGCAAACCUGGCGAGGCUGGAAAGCCUGGUGCUCCUGGUAAAGAUGGCCUGGAUGGUCUUCCUGGGAAUGAUGGUGCUAUGGGGCCCAGAGGAGAGCGCGGAGCAGAUGGCUUUCCUGGCAAAGCCGGACCAAAGGGAGAUGAUGGGCCUCCUGGACCAAGAGGACCUCCGGGGGAGAGAGGAUUGGCUGGCCCACCUGGUGUAGCCGGUGCUGAUGGAGCAAGAGGAGAGAGGGGAAGUCCUGGUGACAGGGGUCAGGAUGGACCACUGGGCCCAAAAGGUGAAAAGGGUGACAAGGGUGAAGUAGGAGCCAGGGGACUGCCCGGUAUACCCGGAAAUGUAGCAAGUGUCAUUCCUGAGCCGGGUGAACCUGGAAAUCCAGGAGAAAAGGGAGAGAAAGGGGACCAAGGACAGACUGGAGAAAUGGGCCCAAGAGGAUUACCUGGCGAGCAAGGCUUUAAGGGUCCACCUGGACUACCGGGUGCAAAAGGGGACACGGGACCUCAAGGAGAGGCAGGACGUGUUGGGGACCCAGGGCCUCCUGGUGUAGCUGGUCCUCAAGGCCCUCGCGGGCUACCGGGCAACUUGGGUUUACCGGGUAUCGCUGGGCCUCCUGGUCCUGCUGGAGAGAGAGGAGACAAGGGUGAGUCGGGCAAACCAGGGCAGGCAGGUCAACGAGGACAACCCGGGGAGCCUGGUUUGAUCGGACCGCCAGGACCAGCAGGGAAGGGAAAAGAUGGACUUACUGGAGAACCGGGACCGCGAGGAAAUGAAGGCCCCCCAGGGCCAAAGGGCCCCCCGGGGUUAACCGGAGAGCCAGGGUUACCAGGGGACAGAGGCUCCCCAGGGGAAGGCAAAACAGGACCUCAGGGCCCCCCUGGAAUUAAUGGCGAUCCUGGACCACCUGGCUUGAGGGGCCUACCUGGCGUCCCUGGUCCCGAUGGCCCUGCGGGACAUAACGGACUACCGGGAAGGCCUGGAGAGAAGGGAUCACCUGGAGAGCCUGGAAAAGCAGCUGACCUUUCUGACAUCAAACUUAAGGACAUCUGCUCAGACUGCCCAGCAGGUCCCCCUGGACCAGCCGGUAUCCCAGGACUGCCGGGCGAUAAAGGGCAACAGGGACCUCCUGGGAAAGAUGGUCAAGAUGGCUAUCAAGGCGCACCGGGACUACCGGGACCUCAAGGACCUCCUGGAGCUCAUGGAGGAAAGGGACUUAAAGGGGACCAAGGUACUUCUGGAAUGCCAGGGGAUAAAGGAGAAAAGGGUCACCCUGGACCUCCAGGCCACCCUGGUCCAGCUGGAAUGAUGGGCGCAGCGGGUAAUGAUGGACAACCCGGUCCACCUGGUCCCCAAGGACCCCCUGGAGAGAAGGGCAAAGAGGGUCUCAAAGGCAUCCAGGGUCCACCGGGUCUUCCUGGCAUGAUCGGUCCACCUGGAAAAAUAGGAAAGGACGGUAUACAAGGUGAACAAGGAGAACCAGGCAAACAAGGUGAACCUGGACCACUUGGAAACCCUGGGCUCCGUGGACUCCCAGGCUUCAAGGGCCACAGAGGAGAACCUGGUUCUACUGGGUCAAAGGGAGAAGAUGGAAAGCCUGGAUUACCUGGACGGGAUGGCAAACCUGGAAAAGAGGGUUCAAAGGGGCCUCAUGGACCAGAGGGACCCGUUGGACCAAGAGGCGAGCCAGGCAAGCAGGGUGAACCAGGGCCGUCGGGCAAAGCAGGCCUCCCAGGAACUCCAGGUAUGAGAGGGGAAAGGGGAGAGCCCGGCAAUCCAGGAUUACCAGGCUUCAGUGGACCCAAAGGUCCUCCAGGUCCGCAUGGUCCUGUUGGUCCAGAAGGGAAACAGGGAGUCCCGGGCCGAGCAGGUGAUCGUGGCCUUAAGGGGGAAAAAGGUGACUCGGGCAUUAAAGGAGAUAAAGGACAAUCAGGAGAACCAGGUAUACCAGGAAAUACAGGACCGCCUGGCAGAAAGGGCCACACCGGGAUGAUGGGCAUGUCUGGACCACCCGGUGAAGUGGGAUCUCCUGGCCCUCAAGGACCUUCUGGGAACCCUGGCAUGCCAGGCCCGAGAGGGGAGUCUGCAUCACUGGAGCAGAUGAGAAGGCUCAUUCAAGAGGAAUUGGCCAAGCAAUUGGAUGCUAAAUUGGCCUACCUUAUGGCUCAGAUGCAACCAGCCCACGUGAAAAGUUCGGCGGGGCGCCCGGGACCACCCGGUGCUCCGGGUAAAGAGGGCAUCCCUGGACGACCUGGCCCUCCCGGUGAACCGGGCAUACCCGGACUAAAUGGCGGAGAAGGAUCAAGGGGACCCAUGGGUCCAAAAGGUGAAAAGGGUACUAAAGGAGACAAGGGAGAUUCUGGGAUUGGUGAAAGAGGAGAGCAAGGCCCCCCUGGUGCAAUAGGCCCAACUGGUAUGCCCGGUUAUGGUAAAGACGGAAGCCCAGGACAAGCUGGAGCCCAAGGGGAGCCAGGUAACCCCGGCCCCCACGGUCAACCCGGCCCUCCAGGACCUUCUGGCCAAUGUGACCCUUCCCAGUGUGCCUACUACGCCAGCCUUGCAAACAGACCUCACACCAAAAAUGUCAAGGGGAAUUAACUUUA